UAGUCGACCCGAGAGCCGCGCGUGGAAGGCUGCCUCCUCCGCCACUGGUGACGUGCGCUCGUGUUCCAACUUGCCUCUGCCACGCUCCUCAUCACUCACCUGCCUUCCUGCCACUGUUCCGCCCCGCACACCUGGCGUCCUCGGCGUUUGCCUCCACACAGCUGGCCACUCCUAACAUUACUUGAUCAUUUAUUCGGUAAUCUUGUCCUUGGACACCGCAAAGGCCAAGCUCGUUAAGAAAACUCGCUGGCCAUCGCUCGAGGACAGAUUAGCGGCACCAUGCCUGGGCGGGGUGGCGGGGGUGGUGCCGGAGUGCAGUGCUCGACUCGCGGCUCGUGCUAGCAAGGCUGCAGUACAUCCGCGAUGCCUUCUCGGACACGCCACCUCACGGUGCUGUCCCAGGCGGCCUCUGUUUUCUUGCUGGCGGCGGCGGGCGGCGCUGGCUUGUUAGUGGAGGGCGGGAAACAGGACAACAAUACAGAAGGCCCAGCAAGGGACUCUCACGCCAUCACGCCGAUCCCCGCCCGCAUGCCAGAGUCCAUAGAGGCGCACAAGACUUCGUUCCCAGGCCGGGUGUCAGCCACGGCACCGUACAUCGAUCCCGUUACGCCUCACAGGGUCUAUGCUUACGCUGGGACAACCGCCUUCAUUCCCUGCGUCGUGAACAAUUUAGGCCAGCGAUCCGUGUCGUGGGUGCGGCAUCACGACAUCCACGUGCUGACGGUGGGCCGCUUCACCUUCACCAACGACGACCGGUUUGAGGUGCAUCACGACGACGGUAGCAACGAGUGGCUCUUGAGGCUCAGGUCACCGUCUACUAAUGACACUGGAAUCUACGAGUGUCAGAUCAACACGAAGCCGACCAUCACGCAGCUCAUCCACCUCGAGGUGUUAGAGCCUCGAGCAGUCAUCACGGCGGGCCAGGAACUGUACCUUGACCGCGGCUCCACCCUGCGUCUCACCUGCCAAGUCCUGGACGCCCCCAGCUCCUCAGACUUCCUGCUGUGGUAUCACGAGCAGAAGGUGGCGAACUACGAGGUGGACAAGGUGGAGGUGAGCGUGAGGGUGGACAAUGACACCACCGUCAGCAGCCUCACUUUGCGUGACGCCCAAGUGCACAACUCCGGCCAGUACACCUGCAGCCCCUCCAACGCCAAGCCCGCCUCCAUCAGAGUGCACGUGCUGAGCGGUGAGCACCCAGCGGCCAUGCAGACCAACGCAGCUCCGGUUCUCCUGAGCUUCUCCCCUUCUUCCUAUCUUAGCUGGAAGAGGAUGAUGCCCGCCCUGCUCCUUCCCUUCUUCUCCCUCUGGCUCUCCUUGCCGCACCUCCCGCUCUCCCUCCACAAUACCUCGUGAUAAGUCCAAUAUAACUUCAGUAUCUUUUGCUUCAAGAUUGACUAAUUGACUGAAUGAAUGAGUGACUGAGUAGUGAAUGAAUGACUACCUGACUGACUGACUAACUAACCUAUUGAUUUACUAGUUAACUGACUGAUUGAUUGACUGACUGACUGAUAGACUGACCAUUGAACUGCCUGACUGACUGACUGAUAAACAGAAAAUUGAAAUGACUAACUGACUGAGUGACAGACUGAAAAUUGAACUGACUGACUGGAAUAACUGAACACCUACACGCUUCACAAAUACUUCCAUGAACUGAAUGAAAAAUACACAUUUAAAUCAACGAAUGGAUAGACAGACAGGCGAGCCCAGCGCAUCAGAUUCAUUGGCUCGAAAGAAUUAAAAAAAAAAAAA